GGCGAGCCAGGCGGGCGUGGGGCGAGGCCAGGCGUGCAGGCGGGAGCCAGUGUGCAGAGCGGCGGCCGGGUCCUGCUCCAGCCUCGGAGCCCCUGGCCCGGGGGAGGGGGGAAGGCCGCUAGCCCGGUCUAUGUCUUUUUCUGACUCCAGUGCUACCUUCCUGCUGAAUGAGGGUUCAGCCGACUCCUAUACCAGCCGCCCAUCUCUGGACUCCGACGUCUCCCUGGAGGAGGACCGGGAGAGUGCCCGGCGGGAAGUGGAGAGCCAGGCUCAGCAGCAGCUUGAAAGGGCCAAGCACAAACCUGUGGCGUUUGCUGUGAGGACCAAUGUCAGCUACUGUGGCGUGCUGGACGAGGAGUGCCCAGUCCAGGGCUCUGGAGUCAACUUUGAGGCCAAAGAUUUUCUGCACAUUAAAGAGAAGUACAGCAAUGACUGGUGGAUCGGGAGGCUAGUGAAAGAGGGUGGGGACAUCGCCUUCAUCCCCAGCCCCCAGCGCCUGGAGAGCAUCCGGCUCAAGCAGGAGCAGAAGGCCAGGAGAUCUGGGAACCCCUCCAGCCUGAGUGACAUUGGCAACCGACGCUCCCCUCCUCCAUCUCUAGCCAAGCAGAAGCAAAAGCAGGCAGAACACGUUCCCCCGUAUGAUGUAGUACCCUCCAUGCGGCCUGUGGUGUUGGUGGGACCCUCUCUGAAAGGUUAUGAGGUCACAGACAUGAUGCAGAAGGCUCUCUUCGACUUCCUCAAACAUAGGUUUGAUGGCAGGAUCUCUAUCACCCGAGUCACAGCGGACCUCUCACUGGCAAAGCGGUCCGUGCUCAACAAUCCGGGCAAGAGGACCAUCAUCGAGCGCUCCUCCGCCCGCUCCAGCAUUGCGGAAGUCCAGAGCGAAAUCGAACGCAUAUUUGAGCUGGCCAAAUCCCUGCAGCUGGUAGUGCUGGAUGCCGACACCAUCAACCACCCGGCGCAGCUGGCCAAGACCUCACUGGCCCCCAUCAUCGUCUUUGUCAAAGUGUCCUCCCCAAAGGUCCUCCAGCGCCUCAUCCGCUCCCGGGGCAAGUCACAGAUGAAGCACCUGACCGUACAGAUGAUGGCUUACGAUAAGCUGGUCCAGUGCCCACCGGAGUCAUUUGAUGUGAUUCUGGAUGAGAACCAGCUGGAGGACGCCUGUGAGCACCUGGCAGAGUACCUAGAGGUCUACUGGAGGGCCACCCACCACCCAGCUCCUGGCCCUGGGCUUCUGGGCCCUCCUAGUGCCAUCCCUGGACUUCAGAACCAGCAGCUGCUGGGGGAGCGCGGCGAAGAGCACUCACCCCUGGAGAGGGACAGCUUGAUGCCUUCAGAUGAGGCCAGUGAGAGCUCCCGCCAAGCCUGGACAGGUUCUUCACAGCGCAGCUCCCGCCACCUGGAGGAGGACUAUGCCGACGCCUACCAGGACCUGUACCAGCCGCACCGCCAGCACACCUCGGGGCUGCCUAGUGCUAACGGGCAUGACCCCCAAGACCGGCUCCUCGCCCAGGACUCGGAGCACAACCACAAUGACCGGAACUGGCAGCGCAACCGGCCCUGGCCCAAGGAUAGCUACUGACCGCCUCCCACUGCCCUCCCCUGGUGGGCGCAGGCAUAGCUGGCUGGGGGGCCCACUCCAGGCAGGUUGGAGGUAGACUGGCAGUAGGCUGGCACUAGGUUCAGCCCCCACAACCCCCUGCCCAGCCCCAGUUCCAGGGCUGCCUGUGGUCCCAAGGUUCUGGGAGAAGCAGGGAGCCCCCUUACCUCCUGGGCACAGUGACCCCCCCUAGGCUCCCAUUCCAGGUACUAGCUGUGUGUGCUGCACCCCUGGCACCUUCCUCUCCUGCACAAGAAGCUGCCCCACUGGGCAGUGCCCUCAGGCCAGGAUCCCCUUCACAGGGGCCUUCCCACCAGACUCAGGGAAGGGAUGCCCCCUCUAAGGGACAAGAGGGUGGGGGUGUGGACAGCAUGGCAUGCGGCAGAAACAAGGUCCCUGAGCGGGCACGAGUCCUAAUGGUCAAGGGACUCAGGGGUUGUGCUUUGUGGUUCGAGGUACUCCACUCACCUCACUACCACACAUUAGAAAUGAGACAAUCAGAGCCCCACAAGGUGAUACUCCUGUCCAUCAGCUGGAGUGGGGCACCCACACACGAGGCCAGAGCAGCAGGCAGGCGAGGCUGGGGCCAGUGGCUCCCCAGCAGAUCUCUUCACCUGCCAGGAAAGCUUCUUGACAUCUGCCAGCACCAGAGACCGGAGCAUGGUCAAGCCCAACGGGUGGCGGGCAGGAGCCAAGCUGGGUUGAGGCUUUGGGAAGGGAGGGCGUGUGUAGCGGAGGACGUAUGGAACAGCUUCGGGGGCCUCCGUGUCGCCCUCAUUCUUUUGCUCUUGCAUCCUGUCCUUUCUGUUCUUGGCCCUCAUGCCUCCUGGGGAAUAUGGGCCCAACUUUAUUUGCUGAUUCAUAGCUGCUGCUUGUUAAGUUAGGGUUAGGUGGGGAGAGAGGGACACAGUGGACAGCCCCCAGAGGCCCUGUCUACCCGACUACCCUUGCCUUAUGGCUCUAGUGUGUGACCUACAGAGCAUGUUCCACAAGACCCCCACCUCAUUGUCAUCACUAAUAAACACCAUGCACAGUC